AUGUCUGACUGGCAAACCCGCUGCAGUGCCCGCAAGCAACUCCAGCUCGACGCCAUCCCCCCCGCCUGGCUCGUCCCUCUCCCCCCCGACGACGAGAGGUCCGUCAUCCAGACCCCGUCCGUGUGCGGCCUCCUCACCCCUCGCGAACUCGAGAUCACCAACACGAUCGACAUUGAUCUCCUCCUCCUCAACUUGCGCACGGCUCAAUGGUCUUCCGUCGAAGUCACCCGCGCAUUUUACAAGCGUGCCAUCGUCGCCCAGCAGCUUACCAACUGUCUCACCGAGAUCUUCGUCGAGCGCGCCCUCGCUCGUGCAAAGGAGGUCGAUGACCAUCUGCAUGCAACCGGCCAACCGAUUGGCCCUCUCCAUGGCCUGCCCAUCUCGCUCAAGGAUCAGUUCACGAUAAAGGGUCUAGAGACCAUCAUGGGCUACGCCGGCUGGAUCGGCCGCUACGCGCAGUCCGACUGCGUUCUUGUCCAGCUCCUCUACGAAUGCGGCGCCGUUCCAUUCGUCCGCACAAAUGUCCCCCAGACCUUGAUGGUGCGUGCCGAGAUCACGACGUCCCGUCGUCACUUUAAACCCCAUCUCACCUUCUCCACUCCACUCCGCAGUGGGGCGAGACGCUCAAUCAUGUGUUCGGUCGGACCACAAACCCCUACAAUCGCUACAUGA